AUGAAAGUGACGCUGAAUGUCGUCUCUUCGCUAGCGGUCUUCCUGGGCACUCUGAGCUUCGUCUUCUUGGUGGUGGCCAUCGGAACCGACUUCUGGUAUAUUAUUGACGCUUCUAAGCAGGAGAAGUGGGGCAACCACACGGCCAGCCUGAGCUCCCAUUCAGGGCUCUGGAGGACCUGUCGCAUUGAAAACAGCUGCUUCCCGUUGGUCAACCCUUUUCAGUACGAGUGGGCAAACAUCACUUCUUCCCACAGACAGCUACUGAACAUGCACAGCACUUUUGUGAUCCUCUUGCCUCUCAGCCUCAUCUUGAUGAUCUUUGGAGGGCUCAGCGGCUUCAUCAGCCUCCUGGCCCAGGCCCACUUCUUCCUGCUGGUGACGGGGCUGCUCUUUCUCCUCGGAGCUCUCCUCACUCUGGCCGGGGUCAGCGUCUACAUCGCCUACUCCGCGGCAGCCUUCAGGGAAGCCAUUUUUCUUCUGGGCAGAAGGAAGCUUCCGGAAGGGCUCAGCAUUCAGUUUGGAUGGUCUCUGGCGUUGGCGUGGCUUUCGUUCACCACUGAGGUCCUGACCAGCCUGGCGUUUCUCCUGGCUGCCAGGAUGGUGGGCCUGAAACAGAGGCGGGAUCUCUCCAUUUGAUGCCUUCCUGACACAGAGACAUAUAUCUCUCUGAUAUGGGGAUUCUACUUUUUCUUUAAAGGGCACCCAAUGCUGUAAUCAAGGUACCAA